AUGGAAUUCACAGUUAGUGACAAUCAGGCUGUCCCUAAUAAUCACAAAAUAAAUGGUGUUGAAACUCAUCUUCAAUCAACAUGUGAUUUAAAUGGAUUUAAACGUAUUGAAAGUGAAGGUGCUAAUAUAAGUGCAAAAGGUUGUUGUCUUCAACCGAUAAAAUAUGUAAGUUUAAAAGAAAAAAUUUUAAAACGUAUUGCCGAUCAUGAUCGUUGGUAUUCACUUGAAUUUUUUCCACCGCGUACACCAAGUGGUGCUGCCAAUCUUAUUGGAUGUUUUGAUCGUAUCGCAGCUGGUCAACCUUUAUUUUGUGAUAUAACAUGGCAUCCAGCAGGUGAUCCAGCUAGUAAUAAAGAAACAAGUUCAAUGAUGAUUGCAAAUACAAUGUUAAAUUAUUGUGGAAUCGAUACAAUGUUACAUAUAACAUGUUAUGGUGCUAAAAAAGCAAAUAUGCUUGAAUAUCUUUAUAAAGCAAAAGAUUGUGGUAUUAGAAAUUUAUUAGCAUUACGUGGAGAUCCACUAGUAGGUGAAGAAUGGGAUGCAGAAAAGAGUGAUUUUCGUUAUGCAGUUGAUUUAGUUAAAUUUAUUCGACAACAUUUUGGAGAUUAUUUUGUAAUUUGUGUUGCUGGUUAUCCACAAGGACAUCCAGAUUCAACAUCAUAUGAAGACGAUUUAAGUUAUUUAAAAAAAAAAGUUGAUUGUGGAGCAGAUUUUAUAAUAACACAACUUUUCUUUCAACCAGAAACAUUUCUUAAAUUUGAAUCUGAUUGUCGUGCUAUUGGAAUAACAUGUCCGAUUAUUCCUGGAAUAUUGCCUAUUCAAGGUUUUGCAAGUCUUCGUAAUAUUGUUCGAUUGGCUAAACUCGAUGUACCUAAAGAAAUUCUAGCUUGUAUUGAACCAAUAAAGGAUAAUGAUGAAGCUAUACGUAAUUUUGGUGUUCAAACAUGUCUGGAUUUAUGUCGUACCUUAUUAGAAUCUGGUAAAGUAGAUGGUCUUCAUUUUUAUACAUUAAAUCGAGAAUUUGCAACAAUUGAAAUAUUAAAAAAACUUGGCCUUUGGUUAGAAGAACAAACAUUACGUGCUUUACCAUGGAAAAAAACUUCAUUUAGUCAUGCACGUUCAAAAGAAAAUGUUCGACCAAUAUUUUGGAGUAUAAGACCAAAGUCUUAUGUACAUCGUACAUCAAAUUGGAAUGAAUUUCCAAAUGGACGUUGGGGUUUAUCAUCAGCACCAUCAUUUGGUGCAUUAACUGAUUAUCAUUUAUUUUAUAUGAAAAUUGAUGCAACACGUGAUGAAUUACUUGAUGAAUGGGGACGUGAAUUAACAUGUGAACAAGAUGUUUGGAACAUGUUUGCUUGUUAUGUUGGAGGUGAAAAAAAUAGUCUAAAUAAAGUUGUUCGUCAUUUCCCAUGGACAGAUGAUGAAUUAGCAUUAGAGACAGGAUUAAUUCGAAAAGAAUUAGUUGAAUUUAAUAGCCAAGGAAUUUUAACAAUUAAUUCUCAACCAGCUGUUAAUGGAAAACCAAGUUUAGAUCCAGUUGUUGGUUGGGGUACACCAAAUGGUUAUGUUUAUCAAAAGGCUUAUUUGGAAUUUUUUACAAAUGAAGGCAAUAUUCCAGUAUUACGAGCUGUUUUAAAAAAAUUUCCAGGAGUUAAUUAUCAUUUUGUGAAUAAAUCAGGUGAAAUUAGUGAAACAAAUGCAGAUGAUGAACAACCAAUAGCUGUAACAUGGGGUGUUUUUGCUGGUCGUGAAAUCAUUCAACCAACAGUUGUUGAUCCUGUUAGUUUUAUGAUUUGGAAGGAUGAAGCUUUUAGUUUAUGGACUGAACGUUGGGGCAAAUUAUAUGAACAAGAAUCAUGUUCACGUGCAAUUAUUGAUAAAAUAGCAAAUACUUAUUUUCUCGUUAAUUUAGUUGAUAAUGAUUAUCCUCAAGGAUCUUGUCUAUGGCAAAUAUUAGAUUCUAUGUUUGAAUAUCAAAAAUUAUCAAACAAACAUAUUGACUCUUGA